AUGGCGGAGAAUGUACGGUCGCCUUUUGACUACCGGGAGCCACCGACCCUCGACAGCGACGGGGAUGGGAGCAAACCGCCGCCGCCACGGGGGAGAGUCUGUGGGAGAAAAAGGAAGGGGACACCUGUCAAGGUGUGUGACCGAGCGUAUGUAACAGAAGAUGAGGAGGAGGAGAGUAUGUCAGAGCACAGCUACAGCCCUGGUGAUGGCCAGUACCCAGAGGGUGCAGAGGACCGCCUCCCUCCACCUGGCAGUCCCUACUACCUGCCUGAUCCCACUCAGCUUUGUGUGCCAGAGAUGGGGGAGGAGGGAGCGAGUGGUGUUCGGGGACCUGUCCUCUUCCAUCCGCCGCCCAACUGCCGGAUUCGAGAAGUCCACUGUGGGACACAGGUGCGGUUGGUUGUCAUAGCAAUCCGAGACAUCGCCAAAGGGGAGGAGAUCACCGUGGACUACAGCCUGACGGACUGGGGCGAGAAUGCAAUGGAGGAAGAGGCCGGCCCCCAUCCACUGUCUCUCUCUGUUUCCGAUUAUCUUACCCCCUCUUGGUCAUUAUCACCCUCAUCCUCCCCACUCACCCACUCUGAGCCCAGUGACUCAGACCGUGAGGAGGAUGAAGAGGAGGAAGACGACGAUGAUGAUGACGACGACGAUGAAGAAGAGGAAAUUGAGGAGAUAAGGGGCCGAAUGCUUCGCCGACGCAAGAAGCGCAAGCUAGAGGACCAAAACAACUGGGGGGGCGGGGGGUUUCCCCCCCCCCCUGCCAGAUCCCAGUCCCAGCCCCCAGGCAGUGGCCUAGCACCCCCAACCACCAACAUUAACAACAAUAUUAACAUAAACAUUGGCAGCUCCAGUGGUGCCACAGUGAGCCGGCGGCAGCACUGCCCCUACUGCGGCCGCCACUAUCGGUCUUUGGCACGCCACCUUGAGAAGCACCACGCCAACCAGCCAGAGGUCAGAACAGCCAUGGAGCUGGCACACCUGCAAACGCACAGCUCUUCAAACGGCAGCGCCUCACACCCUCACCCCUCAUCGUCCUCCACCACUCACAGCCAUUCCUUUGCUGUCCCUCAGGCCUCGGCCUCCAACCCUGCUCCCCCCCCUCUCUUCUCCAGGGAGAGGGAAUCGCCAGCUACACGCUCAACCACUGGUGGCGUCUCGUUCUCCCUUUCGCUUUCGCCACCUUCUUCUGCUGCGCCUGCAGCCACCAAGAAGGGGCCUAGCUUACCACCGCCUAGCACAAAACGCCCCGCACCCCCGAUGGUGUCACGAGUUAAGAGUCCGUCACCACCUCCCCCAUCUACUCCCAGAAGGGGUCGGAGGAUGAAGAGAGAAAAGCAUGAAGAGCAGCAAAAGGUGGAGGUGGAAAGCUCGAGAAGUCAAGAAGAGCUGGUUCCACCUCCUACUCCUGAGCCAGACAUAGAUCCAGAUGAAGAUCUAGAGCUGAGUGGAGAAGAAUACGCACCAGAGGAGAAGAAUGGAGAGAUUGUAAGCAUACAGAGACAUCACAUGUCUCCGCUGCUCUCUUCCCUCUCCUGUUUGGUCCUCUACCUCCGCCGCCAGCAACACUCCUCUUUCCUUUCUCUAACCCGUUCUCCUCACUCUGCCGAGGCCUGGCGUCUGCUCUGCCAUUCCAGCCUCUCCCUUCUCAUCCUCUACAACCGCCACCGGGAAUGUGAGGUGGCCAAGCUCACUGUCCAGGACUACCGCAACCGUAUCAACCCUCUGGUCAGCUCCAGCAACAGCCCCCCCUCUAGCAUGGAAGCCCCCCUGUCCCCCUUUGAGCGCCAGGUCCUCUGUAACCUUCCGCGGGCUAGUGUUUUGGGCAAGCGUGGUCGCAUCCAGCCACUUAUUCUCCCGCCACACUGUGAGUCCUGCCUGGAUCUACUCCUUCACACCAGCUCCAAUGUGGGCGUGGACCCAGAGAGUCCCUAUGUCUUCUCCCGGCCCUACCACUCUCCUGCCACACCGCUCCGGGGCACGGACCUUCUGAGAAACCUGGCACGAUCCAGCGGGGCCAAGAACCCUGGUGCAUUGACAGCGACGCGUGUGCGCCGGCAGGUAGCAAUACUUACUCAACUGCUACUUUUAGAGGAGGGUGAGGUCCAGGGUGGAGCCACCAAAAGGCUGGAGGAGUUCCUGGAACGAGAGUACCAUGUGACCCAGAACUGCUCCACUAUCAUACGGGAUCCAGCACUGAUGGGUCGUGUGGGUCGUGUUGUUCUUUAUGGAGAGAAGGAGGGCGUGCUUUUCCGAGGGAUGAGCCUCCAGCACAUCUGUCUCGAGUUGGAUGUAAUGUCUGGCAACUCAGCAGACUCCUUCUCAGAAGAUUCAGAGGCAGAGGAAAAAAAGGAAGAAGUUAAGGAGAAAGCCGAGGUGAUUGUGAAGAAGAAAGGACCAGGGCGACCGCCACGGAAGAAGAGAGCACCCAUUUCCUCUCCAGGCAACACGUCAAUAGCCAAUGUGCAUAAGAGAAGAUGCAUUCCUCCCAAAUCAGGGAAGCGUGGUGUGCUGAAGCGUCCGUGGUCAGAAGCUGAGCGUGUAGCAGUGGAGACUCACCUAAAGAGAAACCUCAUGGAGCUGCGAGUCCCUGCGAAAGCGGACUGUGAGCGCUGCCUCGAACUCUGCCCUCUGCUGGUGAGCAACCAGCGAGACUGGAGGGCUAUCAAGUUUUACGUCCACAACCGCAUCCAGCUGCUGAAGAAGCAGGGGAGGAGGGAAAGUGCUGCCUCCGUCUGCUAGGGCCAAACACAGACAGAGGCAGAGGACACAUACCAUAAUGUAUAAACCACCAGCAAUCAUAAUGAAGAGAAAAGGUGGAGUCAUAAGUGAGUAGUGUAAUAAAACUGACUAAGCUAAGAAAACAGAUGGGUUGCUCCAGUUAAGGAUCAUUCGUACUCCUAGUGUUGGGGAUACCCAGUGUCUGUUCGAGAUGUACUUUUUAACCGGUUGGACAAGAUGUACGUUAAAGUGUGAAUAUGAGUUCAAACACAGUGAAUGGUUUUUUUUAAAGAUUUAUUUUUUAUGUCAUCCUUUUAUUAAAUAGUUGACAGUGGAGAGCAGCACGUGAUAUAGGAGAGAUAAGGUGACCUGCAACGUUAUGUCCCUGGAGUGAGUGACACCAAUCCACUAGGUUGCGGUUUGUGCUUUAGACCACCAGGACAUUUUUACAGCAAAUGGUCCUUGGUGUAGCGUUUGCUUUCACUGAAGGCUGAUGACCAAACAUGAAUGUGUAAAGCUUUGGAAGAAGAAACCAAUAGUCCCGUUUUUUUUUUUUAAAUCCCCAGAGAUAGACUACAUAUGAACUUGUAUAGUUUGUGUUUCAUACUGACUGACCUUGUGCCCCCAACUGACGAGUGUAUUAAAAAAAAAUGUUCGGACAAUGAUGCAUCAGCGAAGUGGUUCUUGCACACCUCUUCUACCAUGGUCAUAGUCCAGACUAUUCUGUAUCGAGGCACGCCUGUACUUGAAUUUAUUGCGUAUCGGAAUUUUUAAAGAAAUAUUUCAGAAUCAACUUAUGGUCUUAUUCACAAUGUAAAUACUUCCUAAUCUAUGGCAAAUAUACAGUAGUGAUGGCAAAUAUGUCAGUGUGUUAUGGUGUAUAUACUGUAAAUACUACCUGUACUUAUUAAAGUGUAUGACAUUUUGCUGUGUUUUCUUAAACUGGAUUGUGAAGUGAGUUUUACAUUGUGGAUGCCAAGUGAUACAAAGAAAAUAGAAAUAACAAAUAAACAGGAUCCCAUA